AGCUGUGCUGCCUGCGAGCAGGUGCAGCUGCAGCUCCAGCCUUGCUGCUGCCUCGCAUUUGUAACACCCUCACUGCUUCCGGUCAUUCGUUCCAGGGCAGGAAUGACACCAGCAUUUCUGAGCUCUUCUUGUGCUUUCUCCCAGAACAGUCAGGGAGAGCAGACUUCGUGAUCUCCAUGCUAACUACCAGCCUGCCUGCUCCCAGUUCUCCCUACUUCUGCCAGUGAUGACAUUCAGCUUGCUCCUCCACACAGGAUACAGCACUACUUCCUCAUUAUGUAAGGCAGUCUAGGUCAAGUGUAGGAGAGACACUGCUGGCCCGAGCAAGCUGCUGGAUUGCUCCCUCAGCUUCAUGGGGUCUGGAAGCUGGAUCCUCAUCUUUGCUACAUCUUCUUGGUAUUUUCCUAUGCAGAAGAAUAAAUGGUAAUUAAAAUGUGCAGGAUGAAAAGAUGGAGCAGUCAGUGCUUGUACCACCAGGACCAGACAGCUUCCAAUACUUCACUAGAGAGUCUCUUGCAGCUAUUGAACAGCGCAUUGCUGCAGAAAAAGCCAAGAAUCCUAAACAAGAUCGUAAAGACGAUGAUGAAAAUGGGCCAAAACCAAACAGUGAUUUGGAGGCAGGAAAAACACUCCCCUUCAUAUAUGGUGACAUACCUCCAGGAAUGGUGUCUGAGCCCUUGGAAGACAUGGACCCAUAUUACAUCAACAAAAAAACCUUUAUAGUAUUGAAUAAAGGGAAGGCAAUCUUCCGAUUCAGUGCCACCUCUGCCCUGUACAUUUUGACACCCUUCAACCCUCUUAGAAAAAUAGCUAUUAAAAUUUUGGUACAUUCAUUAUUCAGCAUGCUUAUCAUGUGCACUAUUUUGACCAACUGCGUAUUUAUGACCAUGAGUAACCCUCCAGACUGGACAAAGAAUGUAGAGUAUACAUUCACUGGCAUUUACACAUUUGAGUCACUAAUAAAAAUCAUUGCAAGAGGCUUUUGCUUAGAAGAUUUUACUUUUCUUCGAGAUCCAUGGAACUGGCUUGAUUUCACUGUCAUUACCUUUGCAUAUGUGACAGAGUUUGUGGACCUGGGCAAUGUCUCAGCGUUGAGAACAUUCAGAGUUCUCCGAGCUUUGAAAACAAUAUCAGUCAUUCCAGGCCUGAAGACUAUUGUAGGAGCCCUAAUUCAGUCCGUGAAGAAGCUCUCAGAUGUGAUGAUCCUGACUGUGUUUUGUCUGAGUGUAUUUGCACUGAUAGGGCUGCAGCUGUUCAUGGGCAACCUGAGGAAUAAAUGCCUGCAGUGGCCUCCAGAAAAUUUUACUUUGGAAACAAAUAUUACCUCCCAGCUAAACAGCACUAUAGGUGAAAAUGGCACAUUGGUUAAUUCAACAGUGACUCCGUUUGACUGGAAGGGGUACAUUGAAGAUGAAAGUCAUUUUUAUUUUCUGGAAGGGCAAAACGAUGCUCUGCUUUGCGGAAAUAGCUCUGAUGCUGGGCAGUGCCCAGAAGGAUAUACUUGUGUGAAAGCUGGCAGAAACCCCAACUAUGGCUACACAAGUUUUGACACCUUCAGCUGGGCUUUCUUGUCACUGUUUCGGUUAAUGACUCAGGACUUCUGGGAAAACCUCUAUCAAUUGACUCUUCGUGCUGCUGGGAAGACAUACAUGAUCUUUUUUGUCCUGGUGAUUUUUCUGGGCUCUUUCUACCUGAUAAACCUGAUCCUGGCUGUGGUCGCCAUGGCCUACGAAGAACAGAAUCAAGCAACCUUGGAAGAAGCAGAGCAGAAAGAGGCAGAAUUUCAACAGAUGCUAGAACAACUGAAAAAGCAACAAGAAGCAGCACAGGCAGCAGCAGUGGCAGCAGCAGCAGUGACAGCAUCUGCAGAGUCCAGGGAGCCCAGUGCUGCAGGGGAAGCAGGAGGGCUCUCAGAAAGUUCCUCAGAUGCGUCAAAAUUGAGCUCAAAGAGUGCAAAAGAGAGGAGAAAUAGAAGGAAAAAAAGGAAACAGAAAGAGCAGUCUGGAGGAGAGGAAAAAGAUGAAGAUGAAUUUCACAAGUCUGAAUCAGAAGACAGCAUCAGAAGGAAAGGUUUCCGAUUAUCUAUUGAGGGCAAUAGACUGACAUAUGAAAAGAAGUAUUCUUCUCCACAUCAGUCCUUGCUGAGCAUUCGUGGCUCCCUGUUUUCCCCAAGGCGCAACAGCAGAACAAGUCUUUUCAGCUUCAGAGGUCGAGCAAAGGAUGUGGGAUCAGAAAAUGACUUUGCUGAUGAUGAGCACAGCACUUUUGAAGACAAUGACAGCAGAAGAGAUUCUCUGUUUGUGCCACGCAGACACGGUGAACGGCGCAACAGUAACAUUAGCCAGGCCAGUAGGUCAUCCAGGAUGCUGGCAGUGUUUCCAGUAAACGGGAAGAUGCACAGCACCGUGGAUUGCAAUGGGGUGGUUUCCCUGGUUGGUGGACCAUCUGUUCCUACAUCGCCUGUUGGACAGCUUCUGCCAGAGGUGAUAAUAGAUAAACCAGCUACUGAUGACAAUGGCACCACGACAGAACCAGAAAUGAGGAAGAGAAUAUCAGGUUCUUUUCACGUUUCUAUGGACUUCUUGGAAGAUCCAGCUUUAAGGGAAAGAGCCAUGAGUAUUGCUAGCAUCCUCACAAACACUGUGGAAGAACUUGAAGAAUCGAGACAGAAAUGCCCACCAUGUUGGUAUAAAUUUGCAAAUAUUUUCUUGAUCUGGGACUGCAGUCCACAUUGGUUAAAAGUUAAGCAUAUUGUCAACUUAGUGGUGAUGGAUCCGUUUGUUGACCUGGCUAUUACAAUUUGCAUUGUUUUAAAUACACUCUUCAUGGCUAUGGAACAUUAUCCGAUGACUGAUGAAUUCAAUAAUGUACUUUCAGUUGGAAACCUGGUCUUCACUGGAAUCUUCACAGCAGAAAUGUUUCUCAAGAUAAUUGCAAUGGAUCCUUACUAUUAUUUCCAGGAAGGUUGGAAUAUUUUUGAUGGUUUUAUUGUAACACUUAGCUUGGUUGAACUUGGUCUUGCAGAUGUGGAAGGACUAUCAGUACUUCGAUCAUUCAGAUUGUUACGAGUUUUUAAAUUGGCAAAAUCUUGGCCAACACUAAAUAUGUUGAUAAAAAUCAUUGGUAAUUCCGUGGGAGCUCUGGGGAAUCUGACCCUGGUGCUGGCCAUCAUUGUGUUCAUUUUCGCUGUGGUUGGGAUGCAGCUGUUUGGGAAAAACUACAAGGAAUGUGUCUGCAAAAUUGCAAGUGACUGUGUGCUUCCUCGCUGGCACAUGCAAGAUUUUUUCCACUCCUUCCUGAUUGUAUUCCGAGUGCUGUGUGGAGAAUGGAUAGAAACAAUGUGGGACUGCAUGGAGGUUGCUGGCCAAGCCAUGUGCCUUACAGUCUUCAUGAUGGUCAUGGUGAUUGGAAACCUAGUGGUACUGAAUCUAUUUUUGGCCUUGCUCUUGAGCUCAUUUAGUGCAGACAACCUUGCUGUGACAGAUGAUGAUAAUGAAAUGAACAAUCUCCAGAUCGCUGUGGCAAGAAUGCAGAAAGGCAUAGAUUAUGUGAAAAGAAAAGCACGUGAAUUCAUCCAAAAAGCCUUUGUUAAAAAACAGAAAGCUUUAGAUGAAAUCAAGCCGCUUGAAGAUUUAAACAACAAAAAUAGCUGUAUUUCCAACCAUACAACUGUGGAGUUAAGCAAGGACCAUGACUAUAUUAAAGAUGCAAAUGGAACCACCAGUGGUAUAGGCACAGGCAGCAGUGUGGAAAAAUACAUAAUUGAUGAGAGUGAUUAUAUGUCAUUUAUAAACAACCCAAGCCUCACUGUGACAGUGCCCAUUGCUGUGGGUGAAUCCGACUUUGAAAAUCUAAACACAGAAGAAUUUAGUAGUGAAUCAGACCUGGAAGAAAGCAAGGAGAAGUUAAAUUCAUCUAGUUCAUCUGAAGGCAGCACAGUUGAUAUUGGACUUCCUGCAGAAGAACAACCAGAAGCUGAACCUGAAGAAGCCCAGGAGCCAGAGGCCUGCUUCACAGAAGGCUGUGUAAGAAGGUUCAAGUGCUGUCAAGUAAGUAUAGAAGAAGGGAGAGGAAAGCAGUGGUGGAACCUUAGAAAAACCUGCUUCAGGAUUGUUGAACACAACUGGUUUGAGACUUUCAUUGUCUUUAUGAUUCUCCUCAGUAGUGGAGCUCUGGCUUUUGAAGACAUUUAUAUUGAACAACGUAAAACUAUCAAGACCAUGCUGGAAUAUGCUGACAAAGUCUUCACUUACAUCUUCAUUCUGGAAAUGCUGCUGAAGUGGGUGGCCUAUGGCUACCAAACAUAUUUCACUAAUGCCUGGUGCUGGCUGGACUUCCUCAUUGUCGAUGUCUCUUUGGUUAGCUUAACAGCAAAUGCAUUGGGUUACUCUGAACUGGGUGCCAUUAAGUCCCUUAGGACACUAAGAGCUUUGAGACCUCUAAGAGCUCUGUCACGAUUUGAAGGCAUGAGGGUGGUUGUGAAUGCCCUUUUAGGAGCAAUUCCAUCCAUCAUGAACGUGCUUCUCGUUUGUCUUAUAUUCUGGCUAAUUUUCAGCAUCAUGGGAGUAAAUUUGUUUGCUGGAAAGUUCUACUACUGUGUUAACACCACAACUGAUGAAAGGUUUGAAGUCGACCAGAUCAACAAUUUUAGUCAGUGCGAGGAACUCAUAAAAAACAAUCAAAGUGCCCGAUGGAAAAACGUGAAAGUAAACUUUGAUAAUGUAGGAUUUGGGUAUCUUUCUUUACUUCAAGUAGCUACAUUUAAAGGCUGGAUGGAUAUUAUGUAUGCAGCUAUUGACUCAAGAGAUGUGUUACAGCAACCCAAGUAUGAAGACAACUUGUAUAUGUACUUGUAUUUUGUCAUCUUUAUAAUUUUCGGGUCUUUUUUCACCCUGAAUUUGUUCAUUGGUGUCAUUAUUGACAACUUCAAUCAGCAAAAAAAGAAGUUUGGAGGUCAAGACAUAUUUAUGACAGAAGAGCAGAAGAAAUACUACAAUGCAAUGAAAAAGCUGGGAUCCAAAAAACCACAAAAACCUAUACCAAGACCAGGGAAUAAAUUCCAAGGCAUGGUUUUUGAUUUUGUGACACAGCAAGUAUUUGACAUCAGCAUCAUGAUUCUUAUUUGUCUUAACAUGGUUACCAUGAUGGUAGAAACAGAUGACCAGAGCAAAGAAAUGGAAAAUAUUUUAUACUGGAUAAACCUCGUGUUCAUUGUCCUUUUCACUGGAGAAUGUGUCCUGAAAUUAAUUUCACUUCGCCAUUACUACUUCACUAUAGGCUGGAACAUUUUUGAUUUUGUAGUUGUCAUUCUCUCUAUAGUAGGAAUGUUCUUAGCUGAGAUGAUUGAGAAGUACUUUGUAUCUCCCACACUAUUCAGAGUCAUCCGGCUUGCCAGAAUCGGUCGAAUCCUGCGCCUCAUUAAAGGCGCUAAGGGAAUCCGCACUCUGCUUUUUGCUUUGAUGAUGUCUCUUCCUGCUUUGUUCAACAUUGGGCUGCUGCUCUUCCUGGUCAUGUUCAUCUACGCCAUAUUUGGCAUGUCCAACUUUGCAUAUGUCAAGAGAGAAGAUGGGAUUGAUGACAUGUUCAACUUUGAAACGUUUGGCAACAGCAUGAUCUGCCUGUUUCAGAUCACCACGUCCGCUGGCUGGGACGGUUUGCUGGCCCCAAUUCUGAACAGUGGGGAACCAGACUGUGACCCUAACAAAGCUCACCCGGGGAGCUCUGUGAAAGGUGACUGUGGCAACCCUUCUGUUGGGAUUUUCUUCUUUGUCAGCUACAUUAUCAUAUCCUUUCUGGUAGUGGUGAACAUGUACAUUGCUGUGAUUUUGGAGAACUUCAGUGUUGCUACUGAAGAAAGCGCUGAACCCUUGAGUGAGGAUGACUUUGAGAUGUUCUAUGAAGUCUGGGAGAAGUUUGAUCCUGAUGCAACACAAUUCAUAGAAUUCAAGAAAUUAUCAGAUUUUGCAGCAGCACUAGAGCCACCUCUCCACAUACCAAAACCAAACAAAGUCCAGCUUAUUGCAAUGGACCUGCCCAUGGUGAGCGGUGACAGAAUUCACUGCCUUGACAUCUUGUUUGCUUUCACAAAGCGUGUAUUGGGGGAAAGUGGGGAGAUGGACGCCCUCAGAAUACAGAUGGAAGAUCGAUUUAUGGCAUCCAAUCCCUCUAAAGCUUCCUAUGAACCCAUUACAACCACACUGAAAAGAAAGCAGGAGGAGGUGUCUGCUGUCAUCAUUCAGCGUGCUUAUAGACGUCACCUUUUAAAACGAACAGUAAAACAAGCUUCCUUUAUCUAUAACAAAAAUAAAACUGAAGGUGGGGCUGGUCAGGGUAUGAAAGAUGAAAUCCUUAUUGACAAAUUAAAUGAAAACUCAUUUACAGAGAAAACAGAUAUAACCGCAUCAACAGCAGUUUGUCCACCUUCUUAUGAUCGUGUAAUAAGGCCAGUCAAAGAAAAGCAUGAAAAGGAAGAUAAAGAUGGUCAGAAAUAA